UCGGAUCCGACCCGAGGGGCCGGAGUCGGACCACAAAGGCAUAAAACCGUGAAAGGAAAGAGAUGAAGAUUGAGCGGGAAUAUCGAAACGACCUUGGCGGGAAGACAAUUUAAUCCCUAUAUACCUCAUAUAAAUACCACAGUUUAUCUCAGACCUCAUACCCCGCCACUUUCACUCUCUCUAGAUCAGAUCGAUUUCUCUCUCCAAGGGUUUCAGAAAUGUUCUCAGGCAGCCAAUUCGACGCCACCUCCGCCUUCGGCGGCGGCGGGUUCAUGUCUUCUCAGGCCACUCAACACGGCGAUUCCAAUCCCUCCGCUGCUAGGAGUCGUGAAAGUCACGGACUGGUUCCUGUGACGGUGAAGCAGAUAAGCGAGGCUUAUCAGUCUGGUGAUGAGAAAUCAAACUUUGUGAUCGGCGGUGCUGAUGUGGCCAAUGUAUCUGUGGUUGGGAUGGUCUUUGAGAAAACCGAGAAGGCCACUGAUGUUUCCUUUACUGUUGAUGAUGGAACGGGGCGAUUCAAAUGCCGAAGAUGGGUCAAUGAGAAUUUUGACUCACAAGAAAUGGAGGAAAUACAAGAUGGAAUGUAUGUUCGUGUCAAUGGACAUCUGAAAGCCUUUCAAGGUGUUCGACAGAUAGUUGCAUUCUCUGUGAGGCCUGUGAAGAACUUUGAUGAAGUUGCCUUCCACUACAUUGAGUGCAUAUAUAACCACUUACUGCUACAGCUCCAAGGAAAUGCUGUUAAUCAACCUCAGCCUAUGGGAUCAUCUGUGUACACUCCUGUGAAGAGUGAGCCAAGUGGAUAUCAGACAGCCUCAUCAAACCAAUUCUCGGGGCAGUUUACUAUUGAUGGACGAAUGAGCGCUCAUGAAUUGAUCCUUGAAUAUUUGUCGCAGCCUUCAAGCAUUGAGAGUGCAAACGGAACAUCGACAGAAGAGCUUUCCCAGCGCCUAAAACUCCCCAUGGACAAGAUCUUGGUUGGUAUCAAGUCUCUUGAUGAUGAAGGCCUAGUAUAUUCCACAAUCGAUGAUUCUCACUUCAAGAAAUGUUAGACAUGACCAGUCUUCUUCACGAAACCAACUGUAUGCCGCUGUUGGAAAAUGCUCAUUUGACUGUUGGUGUAUAUUUCUUGUUUAACAUUCUCUGUAAAACUUUUACUCUGGUUCAGAACCAAAGUUUGCUGCUUCAGUGUUUUUGUAGACCGAAUCACUGAAAAAUUUUACUCGACC